CACAUUGUAACGUCAUGGAGUGUUUGCGGAAACAACCCGGAACCGUCAAACAUCAGUGCGUUAGCAGCAUUGUUAGCCGGGCUGCUGACGGAAGUAACGCUUUUUCCGCUCUAAAACGCUGGUGCUAGAUAUUACAUUCUCUACCUGGCGGCUUGAAUGGAGGAAAGCCAGACAUGCAGCCGAGCCGACCCGGGCCGGCCCAAGCCGGGUCGAGGAACGAGAGACUGUGGCAGUCAGAGUGACAGCAGGACGCAAGGCCCUGGCCCCAGGCUGUCAAAGGUAAACCUGUUCACCUUGCUGAGUUUAUGGAUGGAGUUGUUUCCUCAGAAGGAAGCUGAAGUGGACGAUCAGGUCCGGAGGGUGGGACUGGUGGUGGUGCAGGACACUAAAGUGGUUGGACUUCACUGUUCAGGAGCUGAGCUUCAUGCAGGACAGGCGGCCAUCAUCCAGCAUGGAGCCCGGCUGGCCGACUGUCAGCUGUACUUCUCCAGGAGACCCUGUGCUACCUGCCUCAAGAUGAUCAUCAACGCUGGAGUCAGUCGGAUCUCUUUCUGGCCCGGCGACCCUGAAAUCAGCAUGCUGAAGCCCGCCUCUACAAACCAUUCCAGCUCCAGCAGUCCGCCUCAGUCCAUCACGGAGGAAGCUGCGCUGGACGCCAUGGCAACGGAGAAGCUCAAGUCCAACAGCCGUCCUCACAUCUGCGUGCUGCUGCAGCCGCUGGUGCCCGGCCUGGCGCAGUUUGUCACCGAGACGUCCAGAGAUUGUGAUUUUAUGCAGACCGUGGCCGAUGGCAACCCGGCGCUGAACACAGAGGAGCUCUUCAACAGACAGCGCACAGGACACCUGAAGGAUUUCUCCGGACACUUCUUGGUGGCUUCGUCUCAGCAGCACCAGGAGAUUUUGACCCAAAUGCGCCUGGAGAACUUCAGCAUGGAGCCCUACUUCUCCAACCUGAGGAACAACAUGAGGGAGCUGGUGGAGGUUCUGGCUACGGUGGCGGCCGGGGUGCCACGGCAACACUACGGCUUCUACAGCAUCCCUCCAUGUCAUGAGGAGAUUUCCCAAGAAGUAGCGCGUCACUGCAUCAUACAAGCCAGGCUGCUGGAGUACAGGACAGAGGACCCUAAAGUGGGCGUGGGUGCCGUUAUCUGGGCCAAAGGACAGUCGGCCGGCUGUGAUGGAACAGGGUGUCUGGACCUGGUGGGCUGUGGCUACAACGCCUACCCAGCGGGCUCCCAGUACGCAGAGUACCCCCAGAUGGACAACAAGCAGGAGGACCGCCAGAGACGCAAGUACAGAUACAUCAUCCACGCAGAGCAGAACGCCCUCACCUUCAGGACGCGAGACAUCAAGCCAGAGGAGCAGACCAUGCUGUUUGUGACUAAAUGUCCGUGUGACGAGUGCGUCCCUCUGAUCAGAGGAGCCGGCAUCACGCACAUCUACACCUCCGACCAGGACAUGGGCAAAGACAAGACAGACAUUUCCUACCUGAGGUUCAGCAGCCUGAAGAACAUCCACAAAUUCAUAUGGCAAAGCAGCCCUUCCUCGGCACCUUCUCCUCACCUGGCCAAUGGUUGCGUCGGGAAGCACCGCCGGCAGACGGAGCAGGAGAGCAACAGCAACAAGAAGCUGUGCACCGACAGGUACCACCAAUCCCGUACAGUCAGCUGAACACGGACACGGGACUCACGGACAGACUGAUGGACAAACGCACAGACAUUAUCACACCAAACUCACAAAAAGAAUUACAGACUCUACCAAACGCUGCAGUGUUGUUGUUGGAAUAUAUUUGGGAAAUAUAUUUAAACCGGUUUCAGUCCAGACUGGAUAGAAGUGAAAUCUCCUCCAUUUGUAUUUUAGGCUUGAAUGAGAGAUUUAAAAAUAAAAAUCCGUAUUUAUUUUCCAUAGUACAGACAAGAAGGCACCUUUGACGUGGAGCAAGAUCAGCGUUUUUUCUGACAACCACAGUGAUAAACAGGUGUUUAAUAAAACUACAAAAAGCAGUUUUAGGAAUGGAGGACACAGCUUUACUUUGGCUUUCAUUUAUUUAUCCACAGUGUUGAGGAUUUGUGUCAUUAUCUGCAUUAGUUCCAGUUGCUUUGUUGUGUGUCAUAUUUUUUUCCGUUGGCGGUUAAAACUUAAGUCCGAAUGACAGAAAGACAUACGCCCCCUGUCAAAAGUUUUGAGACACUUUCUCAUUCAAAUUAAUUAGAACCUGUCUCAAAACUUUUGACAGAAAGACAUACUUUAGGGUUCAGAGAAGGUUCGAGGUAAGAGCUGGCAUCAGAGGAAGGUAAGUUUUAAUGCACAGAUGAUUGAUCAACAUCUGUAGUUGCACACAAGCGUGACAAAUGAGCACACGCACACAUGGAGAGCAAUCAUUCCCAUCCUUUUAUUUGUCGUGAACGUGGUACAAUAGCAUCGAUGUGGAAAAUAAAGUGGCUGCUGCUUUCAGAGAGGACGCCGGGAAAGACGCUCGACCAAAGUUGCUCGUUGUUUCGGUUCGAAAACGAAGGAGUUUGGCUCAAGGGAAGGAGAAUUCUGCCGUGAAGCUGACUGGUCUACAUGUUCUGCUGUGAGAAAGCAUAAUUCUGUCACAGCUUAGCAUCAAAAAUAGCUGGUAUUGUUUUGAUUUUUCACUCCAAAGACAAAGCAUGGAAGAUGAUUUUUCAUUUUUCUUUAAUGAUGAAAAGUAAAAUCAAAAUUCACAGGUUUCUGACUGUUACCCCACUACUGUUUUAUUAUGUUGAGAUUCACUGUAUUUAUUAUGUGAUUGCUUAAAAGGAGUUUUACUUUGAAGAGACUUUAAAUUAACUUGGUUGAAAACCAGUGGAAGCUCAAAGCUUUGUGGGUCAAACACAGAUUGAAAAAUAAAGUCUGAACAGCUUUAA